AUGCCAACUCUAAUUAACGGGCCAAGAAGAGACUCUACCGAAGGGUUCGAUACAGAUAUCAUCACUCUUCCCAGAUUUAUCAUCGAGCACCAAAAGCAAUUUAAGAAUGCCACUGGCGAUUUCACUCUAGUUCUGAAUGCCUUGCAAUUCGCGUUCAAAUUCGUAUCUCACACCAUCAGACGCGCUGAAUUGGUUAACUUGGUUGGCUUAGCAGGCGCUUCCAACUUCACCGGUGAUCAACAAAAGAAACUGGACGUGCUAGGUGAUGAGAUAUUCAUCAAUGCAAUGAGAGCUAGUGGGAUCAUCAAGGUUCUUGUCUCUGAAGAGCAAGAGGACUUGAUCGUCUUCCCUACAAACACAGGUUCGUACGCAGUAUGUUGUGAUCCUAUCGAUGGUUCCUCAAACUUGGAUGCAGGUGUUUCCGUUGGAACUAUCGCGUCUAUAUUCAGACUAUUGCCAGAUUCCUCAGGUACUAUAAAUGACGUACUUAGAUGCGGAAAAGAGAUGGUAGCCGCAUGCUAUGCGAUGUACGGUUCCUCCACCCAUCUAGUUUUGACGUUGGGCGAUGGAGUUGAUGGGUUUACUUUAGACACAAACUUGGGUGAGUUCAUUUUGACUCAUCCCAACUUGAGAAUCCCACCUCAAAAGGCCAUUUAUUCAAUUAACGAAGGUAACACCCUUUUCUGGAACGAAACUAUAAGAACAUUCAUUGAAAAAGUGAAACAACCUCAACCAGACAACAACGACCAGCCCUUUUCCGCUAGGUAUGUUGGAUCCAUGGUUGCCGACGUCCACAGAACUUUCCUUUACGGUGGCCUCUUCGCAUACCCUUGUGACAAGAAAAGCCCUAACGGAAAACUAAGAUUGCUUUAUGAGGCCUUCCCAAUGGCUUUCCUGAUGGAACAAGCUGGGGGAAAAGCUGUAAAUGAUCGCGGAGAGAGAAUCUUGGAUUUGGUCCCAAGCCAUAUCCACGACAAAUCUUCCAUUUGGUUAGGUUCUUCUGGCGAAAUCGACAAAUUCUUGGAUCAUAUUGGUAAGCCACGGUAG